AUAUUGUUGUUCUCUUUAUUUGAAUUAAAGUCAUUUAAAUGUUCCAAAUUAUAUUUUCAUUUUGGCUUCAGAUACAAAAACAAAUUUGGCAUUUUUGGUCCCAAUGAAAACAUUUUGAUGGAAUAUUGUUCUAAUUUUAUUCGGGUUAACAUACAAGGGAUUGCUAUUGGGAGGACAACGGAUUUGACACAAUUGGAUGGGUAUAUGAGCUUGAUAAGAAAAUUAGAGGACAUGUUGGAACCUGAAGGCGAACUUUGUGGAUUAGUAUAG